AUGUCUUCCCACCCUUUCCCUCACGCUAUUACCCUUUCCCAAUCCUCUUCUCAAGAACUUGAUAGACCUCAACAAUUUCGACCAGACUCUCCACCACCACCUCCGUCACCCCCAAGCGCAAACCACGCAAUGGUAGAUCCAAUACAACAUUACUAUUCCUCUCUUCUAUCUUCUCCUCAGCUGGGUUCUUCGCCUCAAUCAGUUGUGUACGCCCCGCUCCCAUCGCAACUAGAAGUACAAUCGCAGGAACCGCAGAUGCAACCACGACAAUCCCUCGCUCCACCCACAACAUCUCCCUACUCGCGCCAAAAACAAGCACAAAAAAGUACCACUUCACGCGCUCAAGCCUACUCUCAACCAAAAUCCCAUCACCAUCUCCUCUCGCCGUCCAUCCCAUCCGCUUUCCAAGCUGAAUACCAACAGAUCUCGAAUGAAACACAUGCUCCAGAAUUGAACUACAAUACCACCACAUCCCCAAAUCAACAUGCAGUCUCAAACCCAUUUCCUGAUUUCGCAACUCGUCCCUUUCCUUUUCUCUUCCCGACAUUACCCGCACUACACUCUUCCUCGCCAUACACAUCUACAUCCACAUCCGCUUCUUUUUCUACGCCUUCCGCUUCCUCUUCCGGUUCGCAUUCAUAUUCCGAUUCAGAUCUAGAAACCGGCAUUGAAGACAAUAUGAUAAAUGAAUUAUCAUGGGAACAACACGCCCAAGAACUCGCAGUGCAGAGGGCGCAUCACAUGUGUGCUUGGUUUACGGGGGUUAUGCUUGGGGUGUUGGGGGUCGUGGGGUCGUGCGGUGGGUAG